UUCACUCUAAAGUACCAUCUUCUUCCAUCACUUUGAAGACGAAGAAGAUUUAGCUAAAGGAAGCUCUGCAUGCCACAACAGUCAUGUGAAUUGAAGUCUGGUAGUAGAGAAAUUGAGGAACUGAUCCGGAAAAUUCAAAUACGAAGCAAGAUCGAGGAAAAGAAAAAGUUCGGGAUUAGUAGAUUUUUGUUUACGAACAAUUGUCGAGAGUUAAGAGCUCAGAGGUCGGAUUUGGUCGGAGACACAUCACACUAUCAAUCUCAAGAUCUCGCUACCAAGACAAAGGAGGCUCUGGCGUACGGACAAGCUAAGCUGACAAGGAGGAGGAAGCGAUGUGAGUUUUGGUAUCUUACCUUUUGGAUGAAAGUUUGUGAAUUGCUUGUAUCACGUUGUUUGUAUUCAAAGGUUGCCUAAGAUUAUCGUGUGUAUGUGCAAAAUAUUAUGCAAGCUUGUCAGUUGUUUGUUGAUUGUUUAAUAAUAGAUAGAUGAUUAUUAGUUAACUACGUGUUGUAUAUAUAAAG